CUUCAUCAUCGCGCCUGCCUCGUCUGCGUCUGUUCAUCAAUUAAUCGACUACAACACCAACUUCCACAACCACAUAUCUGGUCUUUUGUUCUGCUCACUUUAAAGCUACACUUAAAUCUACACAAAUCAAAAUUGAACAGAAGCUACAGCAUCUGCUGCACACGCAACCAUGUUCAGAAAUAACUACGACAACGAUUCAGUCACCUUCUCGCCGCAAGGUCGUAUCUUCCAGGUCGAAUAUGCGUCAGAGGCUGUGAAGCAGGGAAGUGUGGUCGUUGGUCUCGUUAGCAAGACACACGCUGUACUUGUGGCUCUGAAGCGCAACGCCGAAGAACUCUCCUCCUACCAAAAGAAGAUCAUCGCCGUUGACGAACACCUCGGCGUCUCCCUCGCCGGCCUCGCCUCCGACGCCCGCGUCCUCUCCAACUUCAUGAAGCAGCAAUCCCUCUCCUCGCGCCUCACCUACGGCCGCGCCAUCCCCCUCGAACGCAUCGUCUCCUCGAUCGGCGAGCGCGCCCAAACAAACACCCAACACUACGGCAAGCGGCCCUACGGCGUCGGACUUCUCAUCGCUGGCGUCGACGAGACGGGCCCGCAUCUCUUUGAGUUCCAGCCGAGCGGCAUGACGCAGGAGAUGGUAGCUUGUGCGAUUGGUGCGAGAUCCCAGAUGGCGAGGACAUAUCUGGAGAGAAAUUUGGAGAGCUUUGCUGACUGUGGGAGGGAGGAGUUGGUCAAGCAUGGACUGAGGGCCUUGAAGGAGAGUCUGGCGCAGGAUAAGGAGCUGACGGUUGAGAAUACGAGUGUGGGUGUGGUUGGGAUUAGGAAGGAGGGCGAGAAGAGCAUUGAGGGGUUUAAGCUUUUUGAUGGGCAGGAGGUCAAGCAGUGGGUCGAUCUUGUGGCUGAUGGUGCGGAAGGUGCGGAGGCUGAGGAAGGGAUGGAGGUUGAUUCGUAGAUUGUCUAAAUUGCUUUGAGGACUUUGAAUGGAGUUUGGGCUUGCUAUUAUGAAGAGAAAUAGCUAGCUGCCUUGUGUAAAAAUAGAAAUUAAAUACAUUGAAAAAAAU